AUGGGCCGGUCACACGCGAAGAACACGACAACUCAAGCCAACCUCUCAUACUAUGAGCGCCUGAAACUCAAGCAAUCGACCGCAGCCCGCCGGUUGGGGCAAGAGAGCUUCAAGCCCCUCGACGCGUGUAAUCUGUGCCUCUCGCGUGCAACGGAUCCGGUCGCCUGCGGAACGGCCCAUAUCUUCUGUCGGGAAUGUGCUCUCUCGGAUCUGCUGCAACAGAAGGCUUCGAUUGAGGCGCAGAAGUCCCAACUCCGGGCAUGGGAGGAUGACGACGCCCAGAAACGCCGUGAUGCGAGGGAUGCCGCGCGCGCGCGCGUCCUCGCUGACUUUGAACGUGGGAUGGGACUUGCUGGUGGACGAGGUGCUAAGGUUUCUUCCUCGGCAACAGCGGCGGUCGGGGAGAAGUUCAGGUUGGACGAGGACGCCAUCGAAUCCGUCGCGCUGGAGGCCGAGGAACGCGCCACCGCCGCUAUCGAGGCUGAGGCUGGCGAGGCGCGGAAGGCCAAGAUCGCUGCUUUUUGGUUGCCCGCCAACGCGCCAUCCGCUCCUCUCGGCCCAUUGAAGCAGGUCAAGCUCCAGACCCUGUGUCACGUCGGCGGGGAGGGGAAGGCACACCCCAUCUCGCUCAAGGGCCUGCUACCCGUCAUUCUCAAGUAUCCGCCAGGAGGGAAGUUGCCGACUUGCCCGUCGUGUCAGCGCGAUCUGAGCAAUGCGUCAGGAGCUGUGUUGCUCACAUCGCGCGAGCCGGCCUCCUCUCUGGCGGGUAAGGAGGAGAACGGCGAUGGACCGCGUAAGAAGGCACGGAGGGAGAAGAAGGAGAAGCUUGCGUCAGCUGUGUGCGGACACGUCGUGUGCAAGACUUGCGCGGAUACGGUCGUCAGGCCCGCCGGAAGGUGCUGCGUGUGUGAGGCCAAGGUCGGCACGGAGGAUAUGCUCCCCCUGGGGUCUGAGGGAACGGGUUAUGCCGCAUCGGGAGGCGCUGAGGUCAAGGCGAGCCGUGCCGUCGUGUUCCGUGUGUAG